ACAUUGCAAUUUUCUUUGAGAACUUUAACGAUUCGUUUUUUUUUCUGAGUAUUUUGAUCGGAUUAAUUUAGGUGUAACAUUAUGAUACAAAACGUAACGUUGUGACGUGUCUUAGAAGAGGAGAAUAAGAAGUUCUUAAGUGAGAAAAACAGAACAAUUAUUGUAAUUUGAAAGAUGUUGCAAUCUGAAAAAGGGAGCCCUACGUUGCCCAAAAGAGUCUUCAAAAUCAUUGUAAUUGGGGAUUCAGAUGUUGGUAAAACAUGUCUCACAUAUCGAUUUUGUACGGGUAAGUUCCCUGAAAAAACUGAAGCAACAAUUGGUGUGGAUUUUCGGGAACGAACUCUGGACAUUGAUGGGGAACAGAUAAAGCUACAACUUUGGGACACUGCAGGGCAGGAAAGGUUUAGGAAGUCUAUGGUACCUCACUACUACCGCAACGUGCAUGCUGUGGUUUUUACCUAUGAUGUCACAAAAGGUCGAUCCUUUCAAGGCCUUCCGUCCUGGAUAGAAGAAUGUGAACGCUACUCUCUUAAUGCAUCUGAAAUACCACGAAUACUGGUAGGGAACAAAUGUGACCUUAAAGACCAGGCGGAAGUGGACACAAAUUCAGCAACACGCUUUGCUGACGCUAACUCUAUGCCCUUGUUUGAAACCUCCGCAAAAGCAGAUAGCGAAAUGGGCAACAUUGAAGCUAUAUUUCUCACAGUUGCUCAUAAACUUAAGUCACAAAAGCCAAUGAUGAAGCAGGACUACCCGAACAUGAAAAGAGCCACAGUGCUCUCAGUGGACAAAGAGGUCCUUCGUACAAAUGAAGCACCUUGUAGUUGUUGAUUUGUUGCAAUACAAACAAACUGUAAAGCCAAUUUUUAGAUUGUGCACUUACGUAUUAAAUGUAAAUUUGUGGCUUUGUGAACUUAAAAUCAAUUUUACCAAGCUCCUAUUUUAACAAUUAGCUAAAGAUUUCACCAGUAUUUCCACAUUUAUCUCAAAUUACAACUUUUUAUCUUUUUUGGGCGCUCCUAAUUUUAAUGGAUGAAUUGAUCAUUGCAGACAUAAAGAGGCAAUAUUUUUGUGCAAUCACUUCCAAGUAUACUAAAGGUUUAUCCAUAUCUACAUAACUUUUAAACUUACACAAAACACAUUGGUUUAGUCUUAGUAUUUAUAAUAUAUACAUAGCUAACAGCUUUACUUGUAAGGGUUUAUUAUAUGUUUCUUUUGUGUUUUCCUUACAAUCCUUGCUUACACUUAAUUAUUUUUAUGGCUUACUUGUGAUAUUUGCUCAAACCGAAACAAGUACAUCUACAUAGAACAAGAUUUAACUCUGGGUCUGGAUAAUGUACAAAAAAAUUAAGCCAUUCCUUUGAUAAAUUGGCUCUCCUUUUUCUGCUUAUAACAUAAGGCAAUCGUGCUAGCUGUGUAGAUAUUAUUAUCAUUGUGCCAACAUAGUUCUUCUUCAUGUAACAAAACCAGUUUUAACUUGAACUAACCAAAAUACUGUGGAAACUGAAUAGUCUCUUGUCCCAUACCUGGUUAUGAUAUUUUAUAUGUUGCCACAGUUUAUUGGGGACAUGAAAUAUGUUAUAAACAGUUCUGAAAAGUGUAAACCCCAGUGUAUAGAGUCCUAUAAAAGUGCCGAAACUUAUUUUAGGAUUUGUAAAAACAUUUUAAUAUCUGUCACUUUGUGCAGAAACACAGAUAUUUGUAUAUUACCAUGCUCAAAUUGGACAUAUUGUAAUACCGAAUCGAUUUAUGUUGUUUUAUGUAUUGCCAG